AUGUUAAGAAAAUCAAAACCUAAAAAUGUUGAUCCUCCGGAACUUCACAUUGUAAAAUAUCUGAACUAUUUUGAUUAUGCUUUACAGAUGAUGACAUGUGAUCACCAUGUCCCUCCGGAUCGGUACAAUGAGAGAGUGGAGGAGCAUUUACGAUCAACUGGGUUUUACCAUGUUAGUCAGAUUGGAGUAGUUCAAUGUCAGAAAGCAAUAGUAAAUGCUUUAGUGGAAAGGUGGCACCCGGACACGCAUACCUUUCACCUUCCAGUUGGUGAAUGUUCCGUGACACUAGAAGACGUGGCUAUGAUCUUUGGUCUUCUUACCGACGGCCUUCCAGUGAUAGGCAUGACUUUGAGUAGUUUUGAGGCCUUAGAGGCGGAGUGUCUGCACCAAUUUGGGGUCACACCGAGAAAGUCGGAUUGUCGAGGAAGCGGCAUAAAACUGACGUGGCUACAGGAUUUAAAAGAACGGUUACAGUUGACUGAUGAGAAUAGUAUACAGGUGUACAUUAAGUGCUACAUCAUGUUGUUGAUCGUAUAG